AUUCAAUAUACUAACGGUCCUGAAAAUUUACAUUUCUGCACCCCCUCUGAAUUCUCUGAAUCGGUUGCCCCUGGAUUCAACUCGAAUCUGGUAUACUUGCCUUGCGAAAUGGCAUUUGCGAUCUCCAGCUCUUCGAAGCUUCAAAGCUUCACUAGCCUAUGUCGAUUGCAAUGCGUUGACUGUUUGUGAACAGUCCGCUAAAGAUCUCCGCCGCUGCGUGUGACGUCAUCAGGUAUGUUGUAACUUUUGUUGUGAAUUUUGUGAAGAGCCUCAUAAGCGAAUGGAGCCCGGUAAGCGGAUGCACUAACACUAUAAUGGCUUCUUCCGCAAGUCCUAGCAUAUAUAACGGGCAUUUUAUCGUCUCUUUACCUUCAGUGCCUCCCUCCCCACUUCCCUCACCUUCCGCAUCUCACCUCACAUUCUUUUUCCAAGUCGUUCUUUACCAUGAAAUUGUCAUCGUUUGCUCUCCCCAUCCUCUCUGCGUCAACCGCGUUCGCUUUGUUUCCUGGUCCUCCUGGUCCGCCGCGUCCUUUUAGGCGUACCCUUACGCAGGAUACCUGCGGUUGUCUCGACACCGACCUGACUCUUCAGGAGGUCCUCGAUAGUCAAGGCAAAGCCACCGUCGCAGGCCACCUCAACGCCUGCCUUUGCACCGCGGAUGUUGUCGCAUUCGUAAAAUCAAACGUCGUUGCACAAAAAGCUGUCAAACUUGUUGGCGACUCCACCAAGGUGGAAACCUUGAUCUCGAACAUGAUCACAGGCCUUGCGACAGCCGAACACUGCUCUUACCCUGAUCACGCCAGUGCUCUUUGCACGGACUCCAACCCGUGCAAUUUUGAAUGCACUGAUGGCUACCUUCCGUUCCCUCCCGAUAGACCCACUUCUUGCAAAUGUCCUGAGCAGCUCAUGGAGUGCGAUGGCAAGUGCGGUCACUUCAAGCAAUGCCCCAGCAAACCGGCUCCGUCUCGUCGUGUCAAUGAGCCCAAGUGUGCCGAUGGCCUCACCAUGUGUGGCGUCCCUGAUACCACUGGUCAGCCUUGGAAGUGCGUCGAUGUUAAAACCGAUGUCGAAACAUGUGGUGGAUGUGUCAAGGGAUGUCCUUACGGAAAAGCACCCGUUAAUGGCGUGAACUGCAAGAAUAUCAAGGGCGUCAAUCGCGAUACUGUCAGUUGUGGUAACGGCCUUUGCAUUGUGAAAGACUGUGCCGAGGGCUACACCCUUUCUCCUGCUUCGGAUACGUGCAUUCCUGUGUCCAAACAAGAAAGCGAAGCUGCUAUUCCUAAACCUAGUGGUUCAACUGGAAACGCCGAAGUUCCCAAGGUUUCUCGUGACGAGCGUACCGCAGCAUUGAAGAAUGGUGCAGUUGUCCCUAUCACCCCCAUCGGUGUUCCAGUUGGCGGAUCGAAGGUCCCUCGUGAUCUUACUGGUGGUAUUCAGCAAAGCGCUGAAGUCGUUGUCAAGCCAGUCCUUGGUGCAACUGAGCGUCUCACUGCCGGUGGUUCUGCAGGUCCUGGGCGCGUCGUCGCUGGUGUUACAGAGGCCGUCAAGGUAGUUUCUCCUGUCGUAAGUGGAGCAGAGAGCCUCACGGGUAGCUUCAAAUCUCGUGAUGCAGGACUGGUGCACGGUCUUGCGCCUAUUGAUGGUGCUGUGAAGGGUUUCAAUGCCCAUAAGGGCGCACUCGCUGGCAUGCAUGGGACCCGUGGUUUUAGCAAGCGCUUGAUACCUGGCUUUGGCACUUAUUUUGAAGAUGCUAAGGCUGUUGUGCCUGGUAUGACGGCUUGAUUUGUUUUAGCUCUCCACCCUGCGCUUACGAUAAUAUACCUAUUGCGACUCGUCUACAAAUACUUGUCAAAUAAUCAAGUUCCUUUUGAUGCGGUAUAGCAUAUUUGCUCCCGUCCGAGCCACCAAUGACGCCACACAGUUAUCCAUUGACGUCACA